AUGGUUUCUUCCUUUUCGUACGCGGCGACGCUGCUGUCUCUGUUCGCGGCCUCCAGCUCGGCCCAGAACCUGAACUUUACGAUUGCCAACGGCCAGAUCUUUACGCCCGGUCUGGUCAUUCUCGACGCCCCACAGCCCGGCACACCGCUUGGAGGAGUAAUGGCGAGCUCUUUGGUGUUGACCGAUGCAGACAAUCUCCAUGUUGCGCUGGACGUAUCCACGAACGGCAAGAUGCCAUUGCCGCCUUAUGCCUCGAACAGCCCUACCAAGAUCUUCAACGUCACAAUGUUCCUAUCCAGCUACACGACCGGCCGCAAUUUUACCAUCACCAACGGCACGGCAUCAGCCAACAACGCUAGCUUGGGCGACAUCAUGUUCCAAGAGCCCGGCAGCACGGUCAAGCAUGUCAACUGGAUCUGGCCCGACUGUCUGGUCGGCGAUGGCCAGCCGUCUUCGACCGGCAGCGACCGUGGCGCUUACAAUAUUUCAAUCCGCCAAAACUACCGCCUAAACGGCGAAGACCACUACACAAUCUUUGACGUGCCGAUUUCCGUCACAAACAGCAUCUCACAAAAGAACGGGCGGCCUUCCUGCGAUGCGCUAAACAACCCGCUGCUCAGUGACCAAGAACUCAACGCCACAGCGGCAAACGCCAUCGGCGUACUCUUCGCGCCGGGAGACUCGACGCAGAUUGAAGUCAAGGCCGGCAACGGCAACGACGACGGGCUAGGCGACACCAAGCCGGAGGCGACGCCCGGCGACGGCCUCGGAGCCGGUAGCACGCUCAGCUGGAGAGACGGGGCGCAUUGGCUGUGCCUGCUGAGCAUCGGCGCCGCACUGAUGCUGUAA